AUGUUGUCAACAUGGUCCAGCAAACAAGAUUGUUGUGAAUGGAGAGGAGUUCUUUGUGACAUCAAUGGGAGAGUCACCAAUCUCACCCUCCCUUGUUCAACUGAUGACUACAUCAUUGACAACACAAAGAACAAAGCACAUUGUUUGGGUGGUAAUUUUCAUCUUUCUUUAUUUGAGCUUGAGUUUUUGACCUACUUGAAUUUGAGCAAUAAUAACUUCAAAGCUAUACAUGUAUCUAUUGAUUGUCAAAACUUGUCAUUAGUUAACACUCCUCACAAGAAUGAAAACUUUUCCAGUGUUGCUUAUCUUGACUUGUCAGAAAAUGAGAAUCUUGUCAUUGAUGAUUUAAGAUGGCUUCUUCGUCUUUCAUCAUCUUUAAUAUUUCUCAAUCUAAAUUCGAUUGAUCUCCACAAACAAAUUCAUUGGAAUCAAAUAUUGACUAGACUUCCUUCGCUUUCUGAGUUACAUUUGAGUAAUUGCCAACUUGAAAGUGCGAGUACGUCUUUUCAGUAUGCUAAUUUCACUUCACUUGAACAUCUUGAUAUUUCAUUCAAUGAUUUAUUCUCUGAACUUCCUAUUUGGUUGUUUAAUAUCACUGGUCUUUCUUAUUUGAAUCUUAGAGGAAAUAAUUUUCAUGGCCAAAUACCUAAAUAUCUGUUGCAUCUUCGAAACUUGCAUUCAUUGAAUUUGAAAAGCAACAGAAUGAGUGGAACAAUUCCCAGUUGGUUGGGCCAACUUGACAAACUACAACGUCUAAGUCUCUUUGGGAAUUUAUUUAAUGGGUCUAUUCCAACAACUUUAGCAAAUUUGUCAUCUUUGACUUACCUUGAUGUUGCCUCAAAUAAUUUGAGUGGUAUUCUUCCUCCGAGUCUAGGGAAUCUCUCAAAUUUGAAGACGUUGGGUGUUGGAGAAAAUUAUCUUUCUGGAGUUGUGACCCAUCAAAAUUUUGCCAAACUUUUCAAUUUAAAACGUUUGUUUUUGAGUUCACCCUUGUUCAUAUUUGAUUUUGAUCCCCACUGGAUUCCUCCUUUCAUACUUCAAUUCCUUGUGCUGGAGUAUGCAGAUCUUAAACUUGUUUCAUGGUUGUACACACAAACAUCUUUUGAUUAUCUAGAAAUUAACUACUCUUUGUUUAAAAAUGUAUCCCAAGAAAUGUUUUGGAGAUUAGCAAAUCACUGCAUAUUUGUCUCUUUAGUCGACAAUGACAUGCCUUGGGACAUGUCAAACGUGGUGUUGAACUCUGAAAUUAUAUGGCUCCCUGGAAAUGGUUUGAGGGGUAGCCUUCCUCGAUUAACUUCAAAUGUAAGUGUUCUUCAAAUACUAGACAACAAUUUGUCAGGAUCUCUUUCUUCUCUCUUAUGCCAAAAUAUGACAGAGAAAAGUAAUUUGAAAUACUUGGGUGUCUCUGAUAACAUUUUAUCUGGAGGACUCACUGAAUGUUGGGAAAACUGGAAAUCUCUAGUCCAUGUUAGUUUAGGAAGAAAUAACUUAACAGGCGUGAUUCCGCAUUCAAUGGGUGCCUUAUCCAACCUUUUGUCACUACAUAUCUAUAAUAAUAAGUUGCAUGGAGAGAUACCCUUGUCAUUAAAUAAUUUCCUAAAACUUGUGAUUGUUAAUUUUAGUGGAAACAAAUUUUCUGGAAUAAUACCAUAUUGGAUCGGAAAGCAUGUGAGAGUUCUUAUAUUGAGGUCAAAUAAAUUUAGUGGUGAUAUUCCUCUACAAAUAUGUCAAUUGUCCUCUCUCUUAGUCUUGGAUCUUGCAUAUAAUAGGUUAACAGGAACAAUACCUCACUGCCUUCGUAAUAUCACCGCCAUGAUUUCCAACAAUGCUUCAGAAAGUGAUGGGUUUGGUAUUAGUGUUUUCAAUACACGUCUAAAUCUCAACUUUAAAAUAAGUGUUCCAUUACAGGCAAAAGGUAAUGAGUUAGACUAUCAAAAGUAUAUGUGUGUUAUUGACUUUUCUAACAACCGUUUGUCGGGUACAAUGCCUUUAGAAUUAUCCAGUCUCGCUGCAUUACAAUCCUUAAACUUGUCACAAAAUCAAUUAAUGGGGACCAUACCACAAGAAAUAGGAAACAUGAAAGCAUUAGAGUCACUUGAUUUCUCAAAUAACACAUUAUCAGGGGAAAUUCCUCAAUCCAUGUCUGCUCUUUCUUUUCUUGAGGUGUUGAAUCUCUCUUUCAACAAUUUUCGAGGUCAAAUCCCAUUAGGAACUCAACUUCAAGGCUUUUCAAAUCUUAGUUAUAUGGGAAAUCCUCAACUCUGUGGAACUCCACUUGUGGAAAAAUGCAACCACAUUGAAGUUCCUGGUGGUGGUGACACAAAAUUGAUGGAAAAUGACGAGGAAGAAUCAGAGGUAAUGCAAUGGUUCUAUAUGGGCAUGGGAGUUGGAUUUGCAACAAGCUUUUGGAUAGUAUUUGGUACCCUUUUAUUCAUGAGGAGAUGGAGGCAUGCUUACUUCAAGUUUCUUUAUGAUGUCAAAGAUUGGUUCAACUCGAGAUGGUUCUGA